AUGAGCACCAGUAUGAACACCAGCAAGGAGCAUUCCACCGACACGGCUUCAACGCUGCUGCAGGCCUCGCAGCCUCCACUUGAUACUCAAGAACACAAACCCAAGGCGCAGGCUGCUGACGUCAAGACCCAGCGAAGAGCAAGGCAAUAUCUCAACGAGCACAGCGCCGCCGCCGCUGCAGGCUCUGCAGCCUCCACUUGA